UCGGAACUCAUAAAAAUGGCGGGUUUAUCAAAGAAUAAAUUUGAUGUCUACAAGUGUUCCGCAAAUGAAGCCAUACAUUUCAAACUUGUUAGAAAGGAAGAAGACCUGGAUGACGAUACAUCAACAUUCCUACCAGAGAUGACACAUCAGGUUUUUGGAGAGAAUGAGAGUAUUUUUGGAUACAAGGAUUUGGUGGUAGAGAUGUACUAUACUGCUGCUAAACUAACAACAUUCAUAAAUCUACAAUACAUCACCAAAGUUUCACCAGAAUUACACGAAGGACUAAAGGCUGAUGAUGUCAUUGGUCAGUUACGAGAGGUGGUGCCCCCUGGUUUCCUAACCAGUAGAGAUGCAUUCCUCAACUCAAUACCGAAGGAUGCUGACUUCAAACCAUUUGGAAAACUUGUGCACUCUUUCACUGUACACAAAGAUGGGAGGGACAGACAGUUUGAGAUCUACAGGACUGGGAUAGAGACGUCAGGCUUCAGAGAGUACCAUGAGAGACUCCAGACCUUUAUUUUGUUCUUCAUUGAUGCUGCUUCCUUCAUUGAUGUGGAUGACGAGCGAUGGCGCUUCUUCUUACUGUUUGAAAAAUACAUGUGUAAUGGAAAUCCAAUGUAUGCUAUAGCAGGUUACAUGACUGUAUAUAAUUAUUAUGCUUACCCAGAGAAGUUACGUCCAAGAGUCAGCCAAGUGUUAAUCCUGCCUCCCUUCCAGAGGAUGGGUUUGUGUGCUGAAUUGUUACAGACUUUCUAUAAUGAUGUGUACAGGAAGAAGGAGGUGUUAGAUAUUACAGUUGAAGAUCCCUCAGAAAAUUUCCAGAGAGUCAGAGACUUUGUGGAUGUUAAGAACUGCCAAAGCCUUGCGUCUUUCCAACCUGAGAAACUCUUGAAAGGCUUCUCUGAGGAAAUGCAGAGGGAAGCCAGAGAAAAAUUCAAGCUCAACAAGAGACAAACCAGGAGAGUGUAUGAGAUUCUGAGGUUGAAGGCUACAGACACAAGUAACAAAGAACAGUACAAAGCAUACAGACUCGACAUGAAAAGGAGGCUAAAUGCACCAUUCCAGAAAAAUGGUCGUGAUUUUGAUAAGCUGAAGAAUGUUUUGCGUCCAGACGAGUUUACGGCCACUUUAAGCUCCAUCACCGAAGAGCAGAGACACCAGUAUUUAGAGACAACAUUUCAGGAAAACGUGGAAAUGUAUAGGAAAGUUAUAGACCGACUUGCCACCUCUUAACCUGCCCAGUAUUGUCUGUUAACUGUGUUUGUCUCUUGGCAAUGGAUGGUGCUCGUCUGGACAAACAAAUGACUAGACAUUCUUUCAUUAAAAACUUUCCUUAAAUUUCUCAUCAGUUUAUUAAGGGAUUAUUUUUUUUCCAGUUCAUUUGACUUGCAUGGUGAAGAAUAAUUUUCCAUUGAGUGAAAUGUUUACAUCAGGGCUAUGAAUCUUAUUUUAUUUAAAAGCUGGCUUUGCUGGGAAUACAGAUUCUACAAAUCAGUUUUUCAUUUCUGUUGGAAAAUAUGAGUUAAGUUCAUUUUGUUUAUCCCUACUCAGCCAUCAGAACACCUCAUCUCCCCAUUCAUGUAAACAAUUGAAGAUGAAAAAUGUGUGGUUAUACUGUAUUUUCUUGCUAGCCAUAAGUCAUAUGUGAUAAUCAAUACUUCACCUCAAUGUGUAAAAGUCAACCCUGUCAGCUGAUGUGAAUUAUACAUUUCAUUUCUUACUCUCUUUAUGAUUCCAGUUUCCAUUUUGUUUUAUUGAUAAAGAGAUAAGUAAAAAAAAAAUAUUUACUACAUUCAUUUGUUCCAAAAAUGUAUGGAUGUCUGUUUUCUCUCUCUCUCUCUCACAGCAUUUAAGAGUUGAAUACAUUUAUAUUUUUCAUCCAAUUUUUCCUUCUUGUUUGACAUUUAAUGAAUGUUGCAGCAUAUACAUGUAUAUGUACAAGUAACAUAAAUUUAGAAAAAUUUUUUUAAAAAUUGCAGUGGCUAAGUUCUGGGUACAUAAGUAUAUGUGUCUCAGAAUAUUUUGGAUAUUACACUUACUAGUCUUAUGUCAUGAAUCUAUUUAUAACCUACAUGUAUUACAUUUGGGUUACAUAUAGGAGACGUUAACAUACAAGUAUGGUGUGUUUAGAUUUUCAUUCUUGUCUCCAAAACUAUGAUUGAACCAUAAAUGAAGUGAAAAAAGAAACAAAAGGACAUAAAUUGAUUUAAAUUGUACAUGUAGUAAUUUCCAGCAUAAUCAAAUUUCUUACAUAUUGUAGUUUCCAAUAGUAUUGUCUGAUAUCAUUACAUUUGAAAUUUGUUAUUGAUUGGUUAUAUGUUUUUUGUGAUAUUUUGGUAAAAUAAAUGACUAUCGAUUUUCUAUUACUAUGUUUGACUUACCUUUUGGAAAAGGGUUAGUGCUUUAAUGUCAGUGAUGUUCAUGCUCACACCAGUAUCCUAUUUAUUUAAUUCAUUUAAUAUUAUUUUCCUUGUAUGUGGCAGAGGAAGAGUGGAUGUAAGAUGAAAAUAAACUUAAAAGCAUUCA